GAAUUGGAGUCUGCGCAGUGAUUAGUGAUUUUCGUCGUCGGUUUUAACGUGAUAACAAAUGAGGAUUACCGGUAUCCGGUAAUCCGCCUAUUCGAUUAGUGAGUGGACAACCGAAUCUCCUCGACUCCUGGGAGGGCGAAAGACUGAGCCAUGGACACAACCGAUCGGUUAACCAUCGUUCCGGCCAAUGACUGGGCCCAGUUAAGAGACCUUUACCUCAUGAACUGGCCGGAGCACCACGUUGCGUAUACCACGAUCGACAACUAUGUGCGCUGGUAUGCAAAGGAUCCUGCUAUUAAGAAUCUCACCAUUUACUGUCUGAACGGAAGCUGGCGAGAGGAUGGCACCUACCUGGUGGUGGAUCGCUAUCAGCUGUUCGCAUACUCACUGGAUCCUACAAAUCGUAUUCUAGCGAGGGCACUCCCUUUGCUGGACUGGAGUGGUGGGUUGAAAGUGAGCUCACUUUUGGCACGUCAUCGACAACCAGUCAUUGAUGUGAUCACCGCCAAGGGUUUGGCUAUGGAGUACGACAGUGAGACGUAUCUGUACUUUAUGUCCAAAGAACAAUGCAAUGCCUUGCCGCUGCAUGUACCGGAUGGGUUCAUCUUGAAGGAUUUAAGCGGCGAUGACGCUGCAAUAGCGAAUGAGCACUGGCCAAACCGGCACACCGGUUCGCUGUUCUUUCUGCAACGGCUUGCGGCUUGGAAUCCGUGCGUGGGGCUAUAUGAGCAAUCUACGGGGAAGAUGGUGGCCUGGUGUUUUCGCUUGCAGGCUGGUGCACUCGGAGCAUUGCAGGUUGAUCCAGAUUACCUGAGGCGAGGAUUUGGAACCGUUGUGACGAUAGCGAUAGCGAAAAAGGUUGCAGCCCUAGGCCAUGAUUGUUAUGCACUGGUUAAUGGAACGAAUAUUCCGUCGAGACGUAUGUUUCAAGGUCUUGGGUUUGAGCACACGGAUGAAGCAUACUGGGUUAGGACAGUACCUACUGUAGCGAACGAAUGGGAGGACUGAUAACGGAGUUAU